UCUGGGUCAGUGCUUCUCACUUCUGCUUGUGUCUGUUCACAUGUAACGAGUCACCGAAUGAGCAGGAGGAUUUUUACACCAGUCAAUAUGCUUGAAUGAUGAGUAAGACGAGUGUGUCCCUACGGUGAACAUGGCUCUGUCCAGCUGCUCACCUCCUCUGCUGAUUGAAGACUCCAGCCUCACGGGAUGGGAUUUGAUCGGCUGCGGGGGGUUCGGACAAAUCUACAAAGUCAGGCAUCGUCAGUGGUGCUACGACAUCGCCAUUAAGCUGCUUCAUUACGAUGACGGGAGCAGUACAUCUUUGCUGCGGGAGGUCGAAAUGAUGCGUCAAGGAAGCAACGAGUAUGUAAUGCAGGUCCUUGGCGUCUUCAAGGGUCGACCGCCGAACUCCGGGCCCUCAGCACAGCUGGGUCUGGUCAUGAAGUACAUGGAGAAAGGAUCCCUGGCCUCCCUACAGCAGACUCUACAAGGAGUGACACCGUUACCGCUGGUCUUCAGACUGGCUCACCAGGUGGCUCUGGGGAUAAACAUCCUCCACAGCCUCUCCCCCGCCGUUCUCCACCUGGACCUGAAGCCCAGCAACGUGCUGCUGGACUCUGAUCUCAACGCCAAGCUCACAGAUUUCGGCCUUGCUAAGUUUUAUCACAGUGUCAGCCGGAUUUCCAAGAAGGACAGAGAAGACGAAGGAGGGACGAUCAGCUACAUGCCGCCGGAGGCUUUUGACACAACGUACACCCCGACACGAGCCUCUGAUAUCUACAGCUAUGGUAUACUCCUGUGGUCCAUCGUCUCAGGGAAACAACCUUACGCACAGGCAAAAUCCAGCAUAGUGCGGUUUCGGAUCCCCCAGGGAGACCGACCAUCGCUGCAGGAGUUCAGCGAUGGUCAGACUGAAGAGCUGAAGGGACUGAUGGAGCUCAUGACAAGAUGCUGGGAGCACAGUCCCACCCAAAGACCCUCAUCCUUGGAGUGUACGACCAUCACAGAGGAACUGUACAAGAAGCACAAACAUGGCAUUGUUGAUGCUGUCCAUGAAGUGCAGAAGAAACUUGAGCAAAAGGAACAAGACAGAUUAACGGAGCAGGUUCAGAGGGUUCAUAUCGGUCAGGCCUCAGGGACUCCAAGAGUUGAAGCUGUGAACAUCCAGGAUAAUGUUCUGACGGGACGUCCGCCCGUUCAGGAAGAGGCCAGUGGUUUAAAGUCAAAUCAAAAGUUCAAAGACCCGCUUACGUCCCGCCAAGCAAACACGUGCCACGUCGACCCGGCCCGCUCGUCCACAGGCGACCACAAAGCCAAAGCUUCCUCCGUUUAUCCCAUCAGUGCAUCCCCGGCGUCUCCCUCGACCACGAGGUCACAUCAGGCGAGAGCAGCUGAGAAUCCGCAGAGGGCGUUUAAGCCGAACUGCACUCAACAGUUCCAGCGUCAGUUGUCCAGCCCUGUCCCUCCGUCCCUGCCACAUAAAAUCUGCAUCACCUACAGCAACGUGACUGGAGUUCAGAGUGGCAACGAAAACACCAUGUACAUCAACACCGGGCCUGAGAGGAGACGACACCCAACAGCUCCACCUCGUGUCAACCCCUCAUCGCCACAACCAUGGAGCUGGAAGAACAAAUGAGGAGUUGCUUCACUUUUUUAUGUUAACUUCCUGCCAGACAUUUUAGUUUUUAUUUGACAUUUUUAUAUAUCGUCUUUGUCGUGUUUGCUUUUCAAGUCUGAACAGGAAUUAAGAUCCGCUUCAGGUGACACGCAGGCUUUUAAAAUUAUGGUUUUGUAUUUUUUGGAAUAUUUAUUCUGCUUCUUUGGUUUCAAAAUGUUUCACCAAUCAGAAAAAAAAAAACCCUCACAGCUCUUCUUUGCCCCCGUCAGCAGAAAAACGGUGUGAUCAUGUGGUUUUAAAAAAAACUGUGGUCAGCAAAUAUCCACGGGCGAAGCGCCAGAACACCCUCAGCUGCCAAAAAUCAACUCAACACCAGACGGACCGAGUCACAAGAGCUCCAUGUAUAUUCUGACCUGUUCUAAUAGUUCAUUUUGUUUUUGCUGAAAUUCCAAAAAGUACAGAAGAGUAUUGGGACCAGAUCUCCACCUCUUUAAUGUCACAGAGGUUCGGUACAGGCCACAUUCAUUUGCACUGAAAUACAGAAUUGGAUGAUCAAAAUAUUUUUGUAU